AAGGCUUUUUCUCCUCAUACCCUUCCUCAUAUGAUUAUCCCUAUUCGGUGCUUCACUUGUGGCAAGGUUAUUGGUAAUAAGUGGGAUACAUACCUAAACCUAUUACAGGAGGGCAAGUCAGAGGGGCAGGCUCUUACUGAGCUAGGCAUGGAGAGGUACUGCUGUAGACGUAUGUUACUAACCCAUGUGGACUUGAUCGAGAAGCUGUUGAACUAUAACAUUCUCGAAAAGAGGCAGUAAUGAGCUAGAACUGCUGCUGCUGCUCCUGACCUUCGCUGCUUGCUGCUGGUAUGAGAAGAUAAAGAGCGAGCCUAACGUUAUAUCUUAUCCUUC